UCCCGGCGGAUCACGUGAGACGCCCAGCAUCCGGGGACGGUUGCCCGCCGGUACCGCUCCGCCGGGCGCCUCCGGGGAGCGGCGGGGCCCGGGGGGGGUCGGGCCGGGCCGGGGCGGUUUGACGCGGCCGCUGCCUUCUCUUCCCCCGCCAUCCCAGCUCCCUGUGAGAGCGUCGGCCUUCCCCAAGCGCUUUUGUGGGAAUCCCACCCCCGCUCCUCCCCCCAUCACCCUCUGGGCCCGGGAGACAGCAUCACCCCUUGGCUUUGGCUCCUUGUUCCCUUCGGGCACAUCGCCCCGGCCUGCCCGCCACCCCCCUGCCCUCUCGGUACUGCAGAGCUUACCCCCAGCAAGUUUUUGCGGGAAAGGCCUCCUCCCCCUUCCCUUUGCUAGCGAGCAUGGAGUUCGCCGAGCUGAUCAAGACCCCUCGGGCGGACAACGUCGUCCUGCACCGCCCUUUCUACCUGGCCGUGGAGGGGACUCUCUGUUUGACUGGCCACCAUCUCAUUUUUUCUUCGCGGCGACAAGAUAACGCCGAGGAGCUGUGGCUGCUGCACUCCAACAUCGAUUCUAUUGAAAAAAGGUUUGUGGGCUCACUGGGUACCAUCAUUAUAAAAUGCAAAGAUCUGCGAAUUAUCCAGCUGGAUAUACCUGGAAUGGAGGAGUGUUUGAACAUUGCUAGCUCGAUUGAGGCACUUUCCACCCUGGAUUCUGUCACUCUCAUGUAUCCAUUCUUCUACCGGCCCAUGUUUGAAAUUGUUGAAGAUGGCUGGCGCUCUUUUCUGCCUGACCAAGAAUUUGAGCUCCUCAGCUCAGUGACAAAUGAAUGGCGUCUAAGCUGUAUCAAUAAGGAAUUCUCUGUCUGUCCCUCCUACCCUCCGGUUGUCAUUGUCCCCAAAUCCAUCGAUGACGAAGCGCUUCGGAAAGUUGCCAUGUUUCGCCAUGGCAGUCGCUUCCCAGUCCUCAGCUAUUAUCAUAAGAAGAACGGGAUGGUCAUGAUGCGAAGUAGCCAGCCUCUUACAGGUACAAAUGGGAGACGGUGUAAAGAAGACGAGAAGCUUAUUAAUGCCACGCUACGGCCUGGCAAGCGCGGCUACAUCAUUGAUACGAGGUCCUUGAAUGUUGCCCAGCAGGCCAGGGCCAAAGGAGGGGGCUUUGAACAAGAAGUGCACUAUCCCCAGUGGAGGAGGAUACACAAAUGUAUUGAGAGGUUUAAUAUUCUGCAGGAAAGCCUCAUCAAACUUGUGGAAGCUUGUAAUGACCAGUCGCACAAUAUGGACCGCUGGCUCAGUAAACUGGAAGCUUCCAACUGGCUGACUCACAUCAAGGAGAUCCUAACUGCAGCUUGUCUAGCUGCUCAGUGUAUUGAUAGGGAAGGUGCAUCAGUGUUAGUCCAUGGGACCGAAGGAACUGAUUCGACACUGCAGGUAACCUCUCUGGCACAGAUUAUCUUGGAUCCAAGGUGCAGGACCAUACGUGGCUUUGAAUCUCUUGUUGUGAGGGAGUGGCUGCAGGCUGGUCACCCUUUUCAGCAGCGAUGUGCCCAAUCAGCCUAUUCAAAUAGCAAGCAGAAAUGGGAGGCUCCAGUGUUUCUCCUCUUUUUGGACUGUGUGUGGCAAAUACUUCGUCAGUUCCCUUGCUCUUUUGAAUUCAACGAACAGUUCCUCGUUAUGCUCUUUGAACAUGCUUACGCUUCACAGUUUGGGACUUUCUUGGGAAACAACGAAAAUGAAAGGUCUAAAUUGAAGCUGCCCCAUAAGACUAUGUCCCUGUGGUCCUGGGUGAACAGGUCGGAAGAGCUGAGCAAAUUCCAGAAUCCCCUUUUUGAGGCCAACAGCCUUGUCAUCUGGCCCUCAGUCGCCCCACAGAGCCUGCAGCUCUGGGAAGGUGUCUUUCUCCGGUGGAACAGGCCUUCCAAGUUCCUAGACGAAGCCCAUGAAGAAAUGAUCAGUAUUAUAACAUACAACAAGAAACUUCAGGCGAAGGUUAAUGCAUUGAGGAGGCAGUUAGCAGAGAUGGAAACAGGUGAUAGGGUGCAGGAGAACCUGUGAGCUGGCAGGGCUUUGCCUCAGGUCUUUCCUUUCCAGUCCCCUUUACAUUAAAGACUAAACAUGGAAAGUGCAUGUGUCGCAGAGCGCUCCGGGUACACUUGACCCUCAGUCCUCCCACUGCCGAAACCUUCACUUCAUGCUGUGCCCCUCCCUGCUUUUUGGGAGGGAUUUCCGUUUUGUUUACAGAAGACAUCCACAGCUGGGCAUAGUGUCCUCUCUUGGCAGCUCUUCUGUCUCGAAAUUGUGUACAGUGUCAGCGGAAGAUGGAACUCUUACCUCCACCCAACUGUAUGGAUGACCAGGAUGGGCCAAGGGACAGGAUGUUUCAAAUUUAUUUUGGACUUUUUCUGGUUUUGUUGAACUCGCAAAACACUCAGCAGGAUUAAUAUACGAUGGUAUGUACAGGCAGGUCUGUGCAUUUUGUCUGAAAGCACCUUUUCUCUCCAAGAGCAAGUGAGGCAGAUUAGUUCUUCAGUUUCCUAGGAAAACUAGAAAAUGGUAUAAUCUAACUACAAGUUCUACCAGUCUACAUGAUACUCUCAGUAGCCUUCACAUUUAACAUUUGGGGUUUUUGUGUUAAGCAUUGGCUUGGGAGCGGUAAGUUGAAUACCAAGCCAGAGCAAGACGUUUCAGUGCAAUACAGAACUGAAGUAGGGAUUCUGCUGCUAAUGUUUAAGCCAUGACCUUCAGGUGGAAUUGUCCCUCAUGCACAAAUAUCUCCUAAGGAAUAACAACCUUUUUUUUUUUUUAUUCUACCUGGAAAACAAAAAGGUUAAGUGGUUGGUGGAGGCAUUCACUUGCGAAACAGUGGCUCAGAGAUGUCCUUUAACUACAGCCAAGCUGCCUGCUUGAAACUUCAGACUGCACUGUUUUUGUACACUUGAACAGGUUCCCAGCAUUGCUAGGGUGCAAGAGCAGCACUUAAGCUACAGUUCAACAAAACACUUUUGCUCCACCUGGUGUGACUUUUUCCUCUCAUGGUCUCACUAUACAUUUUGUGAAACCUCAAAAGGAGAAGUUGGGAGUUAAGGUGAUUUAACACAUCAAGUAGCUGCUGCAGAUUAAGAGGCCAUCACACUACAAAAAUGCUGAUAGUUUAGAUCCUUUGUAGCUGCAAAAACUGCUUAAAUACUUUUAGGGAUAAGCGUUUUUCCAAGUAACUUUGUAUUUUGUAGCUGAUCUUUGUUUCUGUGACUGCAAUCUGCUUUUAUAAAAUCAGAGUUUUUGCUAGAGACUUUUUUGUUCUCCUUUAAAAAGACAGAUAAGAACAGGUCUGGAAUACUAACUCGCCUAGGCAUUUGUUCAGCUUGAUUCCAUUGGUAGCUGUACAUGACUGAGAAAAGACUUGAAUUAACAGCAGCACAUGUGGCUGGGGUUACCUGAAAAGGCACUUGCUGUUAGCCUGUUUCUGCUGAAAUGGACGGAGGCUGUGUCAGGUCAGUGUUGAUCUCUUUGGAAACUGUUGAGCUUCCUUGACACUUCAUGCUGUUUGGGAGUGAAGCUGCCUUUAUUUAAAAGCCACUUUGCAUAAAGAUAGUUAUGUGUGAAAAUGCAGGAUCUUUAGUUUUUGUAGGAGUACCUGGAGAGUAAUCUUCUGCAAAAAUCAUGUAACCACUAAAUAUAUUCUAAGAAAAGUUCUAUAACCAAGGAAACUAUAUAAAAUUAUGUGAUAGUGAUUAAGUGCUACCCUAAUGCUUUUCGCUUCAGUCCUUAUUUCCUUAAUUAUUUUCAUCUUGACUAACCUAAACUUAGUCUUAAAAUCAUCUGGCUUCAAAAAUAAACAGAGCCCUCUUAAACUGUUGUUCACUUAGGGCAGAAGAAUAAUUCCCCCUACUUGCAAUACCAGUUUGGGUUUUUUUUUAAGUUUGGAGAGCGAUAGUCUUGUUUGCUAAAUCAAGUCUUGACGUGGGGAAUGCUGCUCGGGGUGGCUGGUGCCUUCCACCUCCAAACGGUGGCUUCUGGAGCUGCCUUCUGGGUUUAUUGCAAAUGUCAGCCCUUAAAAUUCUCACUCGCCCUUUAAAAUUAUAUCGGUGGGAUCUGCACCUGCCUGGAUGUUGCAUCCUUAUCCAAUUCAGAAUUUCUGCUGUUCCUGUACAUCUGAAAUACAUUAUCACUAGCCAGAUGGGAAGGAUUCAGAAGGCACUAUUUUCCCCAUAAUUGACUAUACAUAAAACACACUUAAAGGUUAUGUAAUUUCCUAACAUAGUAAUUAUAUAUUGAGCUAAAUAAUAGAGAAGCAAAGAGGGUUUGGUUUUGGUUUUUUUUUUUUUUUUUUUUAUCUAAUUGCUUGGCUGCUCUAGUCUCUCAUGCAAACUGCAGGCAUCAGAGGAAAUUGUGUAACCAGCUGUGACAGCUAACAAAAGGCAGAAAAUUCUUUCUGAGCUGGCAUUUCAUCCUCGGCUUGUGUUUCAGGACUGAAUCCACACCCAAGUGCUGUGCACUUGCCCUGGUUUAGUGGUAGUGUGGAUCACAGCCUUCCUGUGAGAAUGCUAGGGCGGUCCUGAGCAGUUUCUUCCCCGGUUCCUCUGCUCGGCAUCACCUUGAGGUCACUGCAAAGAGCAGGAGUUAACCUGCAACCUUCCUGCGACCUUCCCUGGCGCAGUCCUGCAAGGUUUUGCACGUGAUGGAGAGUUCAGACAAGAUGUGUGGACCUUUGCAGGUCCUCCUGGGAGCAGACAGUUCACCGACCUCUCGUGUCAGGCUACUUGCACAUCUUCUGUUAACCUUUUCAUCCCUAGGCUCCAGUCUGGUGGCCGCCGGUAAUGCACCGGAGCAUUCCAGUGCUUGGCUUACCUGCAUGUCCACCAGCUUUAUUCACAUGUUUAAUAUUGAUCAGCUUGCUUCCUUUUAGAGGGAGGUGUCCGCUGGUCUCUGCCACAUGAAGUCACUGACGCCCUCGUUGCAGGUUACCUGUGUCUUCCUUGACCUGUGAGCACCGUGGCAGUGCCCAGCUCUGGCUCCUCGGUCUGACACCGCCUUACACUCUUGCUGACACCUCUGCUUCUGCUCUUUUGCACGUAGAUAUUUGCGUAAUAAGCUGGAUACUGAGGGCCCCCUUCCCCAAACUCUGGGGUCAAUCAAUGCGGACACUCCGCCAUUUACCAAAAUAAAAAAAGGGAAAAGAACUAACUUGCACAGUUUUCAUAAGGGAGUAUGUACCUUCAAUAUUUUGAUUGUAUUGAUCUAACUCUUGAAUGUGGCGGUUUAAGUGCACUAUUGUCCAUGUUGCAUAUGAUAUAACUUAAAUUGCACUGUACAGCAUAUUGGUGUCUAACGUAUGCUUUGCUAAAGCCUUGGAAAGUGCUACCAUGUACAGGUUCCUGUAUGAAGGGAAAAUGUCUAUACUAGCACUCCCUUUUUUGUAACGGUGUGACACUGACUAGCACUGUGUGAUGUGUGCUAUGUAUCUGUUAACUAGUACGAAUUUGAAGUGAUGAGUGAACUUCUGUCCAGACUUCCGGAAUUGCUAAUUGGACUUGGCUGCUGCAUCAGUCUUGAUUUUUGUAAAAUGAAAUAAGUAACAGGGCUGGGAGUUGUGUGCUAUUGUUAGAUGUAUGCUGUAUGUGUACAGAAUCCCAGCCACUGUGGUGUUGAAUAUAUUGCAGAAAACCCAAAAGUAAUGAAUCUGAGAAAAACUAUCAUGGCUCAAAUUGCUUAGACAUCUGGGGGGGAGAAAAACAGAUACAAAGUCGCUGUAAACUUUGCUGUAGAUAUGUUCUCAACAUAGUAGAAAUGUCUGUUCAAAUUAAAACCUUGAAGACUCUAAAAA